AAAAAAGAAUAAAUCAGUUAUUAUUAUUACGCCUAUAUAUACAAACCACAUUUCUUCGUUAAUUUUCCCCUCAAAAAGAUCAACUUUUUUUCCGAUCGUUGCUCAGCCGACACUGCCGGUUUUCCGCUUAUAGAAAUCUCUAUUAAUUCCAGUGAUUGUUGAUUCCAACAGAGCUAUGGUAGGAACAAGCGCCGUAGUCGAAUCGAUGAAUUCCUACGUUAACGGAAAAGAGGUGACAGACGUUCGAUUUGAUCCGACGGCUGUGGUACCGGAGCCGGUGCCGGCAGUGGUGAAAUCAGACGGUGUAGAUGCUGCGGUUAAUGGCGGUAGCGAGGAGAAGGAGAGGGAGAUUGUGUUAGGGCGAAACAUACAUACAUCGUCUUUUUCUGUUACGGAACCUGAUGCUGAUGAUGAUUCUACUGGUGAUAAGGAAGCGUAUAUGGCUAGUGUUCUGGCUCGGUAUCGGAAGACUCUCACUGAUCGAACUAAGUACCAUUUAGGGUAUCCAUAUAAUUUGGACUUUGAUUAUGGUGCACUCACACAAUUGCAGCAUUUCUCCAUCAAUAAUUUAGGGGAUCCAUUCAUUGAGAGUAACUACGGUGUGCACUCAAGGCAGUUUGAAGUUGGUGUUUUGGACUGGUUUGCGCGCCUAUGGGAUAUUGAGAAGGAUGAAUAUUGGGGAUACAUCACAAACUGUGGAACCGAGGGAAAUCUUCAUGGAAUCCUUGUUGGGAGAGAAGUAUUUCCUGAAGGAAUUUUGUAUGCUUCGAAGGAGUCUCAUUAUUCUAUUUUUAAAGCAGCACGAAUGUAUAGAAUGGAAUGUGAAAAGGUUGGCACUCUACUAACUGGUGAAAUAGAUUGUGCAGACUUCAAAGUUAAGCUACUAGCCAAUAAGGAUAAGCCUGCAAUCAUUAAUGUCAACAUUGGAACUACUGUGAAAGGAGCUGUUGAUGAUCUUGAUCUAGUCAUAAAAACCCUUGAAGACUGCGGAUUUUCACAUGAUCGGUUUUAUAUCCACUGUGAUGGGGCUCUCUUUGGGCUUAUGAUGCCAUUUGUCAAGCGUGCACCAAAGGUUACUUUCAAAAAGCCAAUCGGGAGUGUGAGCGUCUCUGGUCACAAGUUUGUGGGAUGUCCAAUGCCAUGCGGUGUUCAACUAACAAGGCUAGAGCACAUUAAUGCCCUUUCUAGUAAUGUGGAGUACCUUGCAUCAAGGGAUGCCACUAUCAUGGGAAGUCGGAAUGGACAUGCUCCACUUUUCCUUUGGUACACCCUGAACAGAAAAGGUUAUAAGGGAUUCCAGAAAGAAGUCCAGAAGUGCCUAAGGAAUGCUCAUUAUUUGAAAGACCGCCUUUUAGGAGCUGGAAUCAGUGCUAUGCUCAAUGAGCUGAGCAGCACAGUUGUUUUUGAGCGACCUAAAGAUGAGGAGUUUGUUCGCAAGUGGCAACUUGCUUGUGAAAGAAAUAUGGCACAUGUUGUCGUGAUGCCUAGUGUGACAGUUGAUAAGCUGGAUCACUUCUUGGAAGAAUUAGUUGAAGCACGAUCAAUCUGGUACAAGGAUGAGAACGUCAAACCUCCUUGUCUCGCUUCAGAUGUUGGAAGUAAAAACUGUUGCUGCCCUCAGCACAGAGUGAUUUCUUAGACAGAGAAGCUAUAGGUUUCCCCGUUGUUUCUGUAGGAAACAUUAGAGGCAUGGUAGAAAUGAUGUUUGUAUUAGAGAAGCUAUAAUUGGUUUCUCUUUGUUUCUGUAUGAAACAUUAGAUUCAUUGUAGUAGAAGUGAUGUUUGAAUUGCGACUUCGAAUCAUGUAGAAGCAUAUCAUUGUGGCCCUUUUGCUUCUGUGUAAGUGUGUUUUACACAAGGAAGAAUUUGCCAAAAUUACGUGGCAACGUUGUGAA